UAAAAACGAACUUUCUUCUGUUUUGACGCUCUUUCUCGUAAAGCGUAUCAGCAGCAUCUAGUCAAAUAAGUGACACUUCUUUAACUAGCGUCAUAAAAUCCUCUGCAGUUCGUCACUUGGUCCUUCAUCUGCAUUCAAAUUGUGGUACUGUACAUUUCCGACAGCACGUGAAGACAGCACCAGAGCUGCAUUUGACACUUCUAGCCCGACACAAGCUAAUGUUCAGUAUGUCUGAGAAGGAGCUGGGGAAAAAGUGGGACCGAUGCCUUGCAGACGGUGCUAUUAAACUCGGCACUGGACUGGGGUUAGGAAUCGUGUUUUCUGUUCUGUUCUUUAAACGGCACACAUGGCCGAUUUCAUUCGGCUCAGGAGCGGGACUUGGCAUGGCAUAUGCCAACUGUCAGAAUGACCUGAGGUCACAUUAUCUGCUGCACAGAAGUCAGAAGGAGCAGUAGCUGCAUGUCAACGAGGGACUGUCUUUUUUUAUUUUCUUGAAUUUGUUCUUUUUGUUUUGUCCAUGGGAGAGUCACCAUUUGCACUGUUCUGCAGUUAGAGUCUAGUCUUCCUGUUGAAUGAUCCAUCCCUAGUAUGACUCUGUAUGCUUUGUAUGUGCCUAAUCAGGACAGUCUGUGUUUAUUUAAUAAAAUAAUCAGAAAAACAAAAA